UUAUUCACCCUUUCAGGAGCCUUAUAAGCAGAGAUGACAGCAGCCAAGGAAAGGACGAAAGAAGCCCCAGAGCAACAAGAAGGUGCUGUAGCUGAAGGGCUGGACACCUGCUCAAGCAGCAGGUGGGAGGAAAGCCCUUGCUUUCACAGUACCAAGUGAGUAGGCUUUGUAGAGCGCAUGAAUAUGGAGUACGAGAAGUGUCCGUGCCAUCCUGAGGAAAACGAGAAUGCCAUUCUCUACACCCUCCUCAGCGAGAACUUGACUCCCCACAAGAGUAGCCGUGGCUCUUCCCAACAGCGCUGCUUGUGUCACAAGCGCCGCACUGUUUGCCUUCAGACCCCACAAGCCACCUGCCAGGCAGCUUCUGACGUCUUGGUGAAAACCAUCAGCUUCAUGAAGAAUCUGCCUUCUUUCCAGCUCCUGCCUUGGGAAGACCAGCUCUUACUGCUGGACAGCUGCUGGGCUCCCCUUUUCCUUCUAGGCUUGGUGCAGGAGAUGGUGACCUUUGAGGUUAUGGAAACCCCAGUCCCCAGCAUGCUGGAGAGGAUCCUUCUUGAUGGCCAGUGCAAGAGACAGGAGCUGCAGCGAGUGCAGCCCACCUUGGCCAGCGUGCAGCGCCUCCAGUGCUGCUUAAACUCUUUCUGGAGCCUAGACUUGAGUCCUAAAGAAUAUGCCUAUCUGAAAGGUGCAAUUCUCUUCAACCCUGACAUUCCAGGUCUCAGGGCUUCCUCGUACAUUGAGAGCCUCCAGCGAGAAGCUCAACAAGCACUCCAACAAGUCCUGGUGCUUCUCCACUUGGAAGAUCAAGGUCGAUUUGCCAGAGUCCUGCUGAGUUCCUCCUCCUUGAGAUCCAUUCCUCCAGCUCUCAUUACAGACCUUUUCUUCCAACCCAUCAUUGGAAAGACAGACAUUCUUGAGCUUUUAACAGAAAUGCUGCUGACGAAAUAGUUUGUGUAACCCUAACAUCCUCAUGCAGAAACUGCUAUUGGGCCAGGCAGCACAUACUUUGCUUGGUGUUCAAUUCCAAGAGAAUACGCAAUUAAUUUUGGAACACGCAAGGGACAAAAGCAUAGCAUCUUAGCAGCCAUUUUGCAAGCAAAGAGGGUGCUAGCGAGCAAAUUCCUACUUUUUUUUCUGGACAAGAAUGCAACAUGCACCCAAGCCCUGUGAAGUAUGGCACUUGUAGCAGGGAGUUUGGAGUAGGUAACUCCUGUGCCGGAGUAGCAGCAUUUGUAGCAAAUGUAUUGGCACCGUAAAUUGUGCCAAGUCCUGGGUGCUCAGUGACACCAAUUGCCACUACAGUAGUUAUGGAAGAAAAGCCCUGCCUGAACCAAUCUUACUCAAACGUGCCUGCGGCUCCAAAGUGAGGCAUACAGUAUUGACUUUUACUUCAUUUAUAUUGGUUUUGGUUUCAAAGUUCAGUUUCUGUAAGGAUGUCUUCCCUACAGAAAGACUCCUGGGAACUGCCAUUGGCUGGGACAUAUUCCACACCUUCCCUCCCAAACCAUGAUCCCAGGAUUUCCCAGUAAAAAAGAGUCUUCUGGUCUUUCAGAAUACAUCCAACUUCUCCCAGCUCCUAAAAAGGAUAUGGACUUACAAAAAUGCAACUGAAUAAUUUUUAAAAUAAAAAUAUUGACCUACAAAGUCAUACAUUCCAAUCUUCAGGUGCAGAUACUUUAUUUUCAUGCAUCCUGACUUUAUAUAAAAGAUUUGUGCAUUGAGGAGAGCUAAGGUCAGAAAAUAUCAUUUUACACUAUUCAUCAUUUUCCUGCUUGAUUCCAAUGUUAGUAUUUUGUGAGCAGGUAUUUUUUGUGAUUUGUAUGUAGUAAGACAUGCUAAGUUAUUAUUUUUUAAGGAAAAAAAGAAAUAAAAGGUUUUGCAGUUUGUUCA